AUGUUAGCUCUCCAUCCACUGGUAGUGCUUCUGACGCUGCUUCGAGUAGUAUGGACUGCAGGUACGAGUGUCAACCAGGGUGCCAUCAACGGGUGUAAACCCGAUCAGGUUUACUCUGGGUUUUCGAUCACUUAUUACAGUAUGCCGAUUCGAGUCGGCAGUUCGCCAUGUUACGACCCCAACUACUCCAGUCCCGCUUACCUUCGGGAGGGUUACGAGACGUACGGGUCUGGUAAGCAAGGCUCGAGCUCUGCGGUCACCAAUCUUACUUUUGAUGCUCCUCGUGUGGGUGCUUCCUGCGCCAUUGUGUCAAGUUAUCUGCCUUCGAAUUAUAACUACGAUUCUGCUCUAUCUCUCACCAACUUCUCCAUGUUGGUAACCGGUUACUUUCUACCUGCUGUGACAGGCCAAUAUACGUUGAAUCUGAAAUACGUCGAUGAUCUCGCGUACAUCAAUGUAGGUGCAGGUAAUGCUUUCAAUUGUUGUCAAGUCGGUGAGUCCGUGGCAAAUCCCGGUGAUUUCACGCUAUUUGCCCAAUGGCCUCAGACUUCUAACAAAAUUAAUCUCGACCUUGUUGGGGGCAUCUAUUACCCCAUCCGUUUGUUCUUUGUUAACCGAAACGGUGCCGGUGGUCUUAAAUUCAAUUUCAUUGAUCCUGCAGGUGUUGAACAUGAUGAUUGGAGCAAAUUCAUUUACUCUGUCGCGGAUGGCGAACGAUGCGAUGUUCCGCCUUCUUACACCACAGCCUUCUGGUCACAAACUUACACUUCCUCCAGAACCGUUGUUUCCACUUACACCGACACUGAUGGUAAUCCAACGACCGGAAAUGUUGUUGUAGAAGAGAUACCCUACACCUAUACCUCCACCACUACUUCUGUACAGCCAUAUUCGGGGUCCGUGACUUCCACGUACUCUUCAGAUCUCUAUACUACCACUGGAACCGACGGGUUUGCUACUGUGAACACCUUGUAUUACGUCGAGACUCCUAGAGUAGAUCGGUCCUCUGACACCACUUCUCCUUGGAGCGGUUCAGCGACGUCGACAUACUCUACCGACUAUUCCACUAAUACCGGUCCUGACGGCAUCGAAACUGUCGACACGCUAUACAUUGUCGGAACUCCAACUCCAGCAGUAACUAAAACUACAGCUUCCGGCUGGACAGGAUCUUUCACCUCUACUGUCUCUACCGGUGUGACCACUUUCACUGGUUCUGAUGGUAUCCCAACCACCGAGACCGUGUACUAUGUUGAGACUCCUGAGGGCAAGAUCGAAUCAACCACAGCUUCCGGCUGGACUGGAUCUUUCACCUCCACUGUCUCUACCGGUGUGACCACUUUCACUGGCUCUGAUGGUAUUCCAACCACCGAGACUGUAUACUAUGUUGAGACUCCUGCGAGAUAUUCCACUGCUACUGAAUACGAGGCAUGGCCACAAGAAGGCACAUCUACCUUCAGUACCGAGGUCAGUACCUCAACGGGUGAAGAUGGCCUACCAACCAUUGAGACUGUGUACUCCGUUUACACACCUGAAGGUGUUGAAUUUGUCCUGACCGAAACUACCUCUUAUACUCAAUGGACCGGUUCUGAGACUCUAACUUACUCGACCGCGGAGACUACAUAUGGAGGUAGCGACGGAUUAACAACCGUUGAAACUGUUUACUACGUCGAGACUCCAGCUCUUGCUUCGACUUCUUACACCGGAUGGACUGGAUCUUUCACCUCUACAGUCUCUACAGGUGUGAGCACUUUCACUGGUUCUGACGGUAUUCCAACCACCGAGACUGUGUACUACGUUGAGACUCCUGAGGGCAAGAUCGAAUCCACUACAGCUUCUGGCUGGACAGGAUCUUUCACCUCUACUGUCUCUACCGGUGUGACCACUUUCACUGGCUCUGAUGGUAUUCCAACCACCGAGACCGUGUACUAUGUUGAGGCUCCUGAGGGCAAGAUCGAAUCCACUACAGCUUCUGGCUGGACAGGAUCUUUCACCUCUACUGUCUCUACCGGUGUGACCACUUUCACUGGCUCUGAUGGUAUCCCAACCACCGAGACCGUGUACUAUGUUGAGACUCCUGAGGGCAAGAUCGAAUCAACCACAGCUUCCGGCUGGACUGGAUCUUUCACCUCUACUGUCUCUACCGGUGUAACCACUUUCACUGGCUCUGAUGGCAUCCCAACCACCGAAACUGUAUACUAUGUUGAGACACCAACAGGCGAUUCGACAGGCGAUUCGACUUCUUACACUGAAUGGACUGGCUCCUUCACAAAUACCUAUUUUACCGAGACGACAACGUUUACCGGGUCCGAUGACAUUCCAACUGUUCGUUCAGUGUUCUUCGUUGAAACGCCAGCCGAUUCUUCGACCUCUUACAUUGGAUGGACUGGCUCUUACACAUCGACUGUUGCAACCGAUGUGACAACUUACUAUGUUGAGACUCCUGAGGGCAAGAUCGAAUCCACUACAGCUUCUGGCUGGACUGGAUCUUUCACCUCUACUGUCUCUACCGGUGUGACCACUUUCACUGGCUCUGAUGGUAUCCCAACCACCGAGACCGUGUACUAUGUUGAGACUCCUGAGGGCAAGAUCGAAUCCACUACAGCUUCCGGCUGGACUGGAUCUUUCACCUCCACUGUCUCUACCGGUGUAACCACUUUCACUGGUUCCGACGGUCUUCCAACCACCGAGACUGUUUACUUUGUUGAGACUCCUGAGGGCAAGAUCGAAUCCACUAUAGCUUCUGGCUGGACAGGAUCUUUCACCUCUACUGUCUCUACCGGUGUGACCACUUUCACUGGCUCUGACGGUAUCCCAACCACCGAGACUGUGUACUACGUUGAGACUCCUGAGGGCAAGAUCGAAUCCACUACAGCUUCUGGCUGGACUGGAUCUUUCACCUCUACUGUCUCUACCGGUGUGACCACUUUCACUGGCUCUGAUGGUAUUCCAACCACCGAAACUGUAUACUAUGUUGAGACACCAACAGGCGAUUCGACAGGCGAUUCGACUUCUUACACUGAAUGGACUGGCUCCUUCACAAAUACCUAUUUUACCGAGACGACAACGUUUACCGGGUCCGAUGACAUUCCAACUGUUCGUUCCGUGUUCUUCGUUGAAACGCCAGCCGAUUCUUCGACCUCUUACAUUGGAUGGACUGGCUCUUACACAUCGACUGUUGCAACCGAUGUGACAACUUUCACCGGCUCCGAUGGUGUUCCAACUACCCAAACCGUGUAUGUUGUUGAGACACCAACUGCUUCGACCUCUUACACCGGAUGGACCGGUUCCUUCACGUCGACCUUUUCGACUGGCGCCACUACGUUCACUGGAUCUGACGGUAAGCCAACCACCCAGACUGUUUACUACGUUGAGACCCCAACUGGUGCUUCGACCUCUUACACCGGCUGGACUGGCUCUUACACAUCAACUAUCGCCACCGAUGUGACAACUUUCACCGGCUCCGACGGUGUGCCAACUACCCAAACCGUGUAUGUUGUUGAGACACCAACUGGUGCUUCGACCUCUUACACCGGAUGGACCGGUUCCUUCACAUCGACCUUUUCGACUGGUGCCACUACGUUCACUGGAUCUGACGGUAAGCCAACCACCCAGACUGUAUACUUCGUUGAGACACCAACUGGUGUUUCGACUGUGUACACCCCAUGGACUGGUACUUUCACAUCAACAAUUGCAGCUGCUUUUACCACCUUCACCGGAUCAGAUGGUAAGCCAACCACCCAAACCGUGUAUGUUGUUGAAACUCCAGCUCUUGCUUUAACCUCCUACACCGGCUGGACUGGAUCUUUCACCUCUACUGUCUCUACCGGUGUGACCACUUUCACUGGCUCUGAUGGUAUUCCAACCACCGAGACUGUGUACUACGUUGAGACUCCUGAGGGCAAGAUCGAAUCCACCACAGCUUCUGGCUGGACAGGAUCUUUCACCUCUACUGUCUCUACCGGUGUAACCACUUUCACUGGCUCUGAUGGCAUCCCAACCACCGAGACCGUGUACUAUGUUGAGACUCCUGAGGGCAAGAUCGAAUCCACUACAGCUUCUGGCUGGACUGGAUCUUUCACCUCUACUGUCUCUACCGGUGUGACCACUUUCACUGGCUCUGAUGGUAUCCUAACUACCGAAACUGUAUACUACGUUGAGACCCCUGAGGGCAACAUUGAAUCCACUACAGCUUCUGGCUGGACUGGAUCUUUCACCUCUACUGUCUCUACCGGUGUGACCACUUUCACUGGCUCUGAUGGUAUCCCAACCACCGAGACCGUGUACUAUGUUGAGACUCCUGAGGGCAAGAUCGAAUCCACUACAGCUUCCGGCUGGACUGGAUCUUUCACCUCCACUGUCUCUACCGGUGUAACCACUUUCACUGGUUCCGACGGUCUUCCAACCACCGAGACUGUUUACUUUGUUGAGACUCCUGAGGGCAAGAUCGAAUCCACUAUAGCUUCUGGCUGGACUGGAUCUUUCACCUCUACUGUCUCUACCGGUGUGACUACUUUCACUGGCUCUGAUGGUAACCCAACCACCGAGACCGUGUACUAUGUUGAGACACCAGCUUCGACUUCUUACACCGGCUGGACUGGUUCUUACACAUCCACCAUUGCAACCGAUGUGACAACUUUCACCGGCUCCAACGGUGUGCCAACUACUCAAACCGUGUAUGUUGUUGAGACACCAGCUGGUGCUUCGACCUCUUACACCGGAUGGACCGGUUCUUACACAUCGACUGUUGCAACCGAUGUGACAACUUUCACCGGCUCCGACGGUGUUCCAACUACCCAAACCGUGUAUGUUGUUGAGACACCAACUGGUGCUUCGACCUCUUACACCGGAUGGACUGGUUCUUACACAUCAACUAUCGCCACCGAUGUGACAACUUUCACCGGCUCCGACGGUGUGCCAACUACCCAAACCGUGUAUGUUGUUGAGACACCAACUGAUGCUUCGACUUCUUACACAGAAUGGACUGGCUCCUUCACCAAUACCUACUCUACCGGUAUGACGACGUUUACCGGAUCUGAUAAUAACCCAACUAUUCGUGCCUUGUUCUUUGUUGAAACCCCAGCUCUUGCUUCGACUUCUUACACCGGAUGGACUGGUUCUUACACAUCGACUGUUGCAACCGAUGUGACAACUUUCACCGGCUCCGACGGUGUGCCAACUACCCAAACCGUGUAUGUUGUUGAGACACCAACUGGUGCUUCGACCUCUUACACCGGAUGGACCGGUUCCUUCACGUCGACCUUUUCGACUGGUGCCACUACGUUCACUGGAUCUGACGGUAAGCCAACCACCCAGACUGUUUACUACGUUGAGACCCCAACUAGUGCUUCGACCUCUUACACUGGAUGGACUGGUUCUUACACAUCGACUGUUGCAACCGAUGUGACAACUUUCACCGGCUCCGACGGUGUGCCAACUACCCAAACCGUGUAUGUUGUUGAGACACCAACUGGUGCUUCGACCUCUUACACCGGCUGGACUGGUUCUUACACAUCCACUGUUGCAACCGAUGUGACAACUUUCACCGGCUCCGAUGGUGUUCCAACUACCCAAACCGUGUAUGUCGUUGAGACACCAACUGGUGCUUCGACCUCUUACACCGGAUGGACCGGUUCCUUCACGUCGACCUUUUCGACUGGUGCCACUACGUUCACUGGAUCUGAUGGUAAGCCAACCACUCAGACUGUUUACUACGUUGAGACCCCAACUGGUGCUUCGACUGUGUACACCCCAUGGACUGGUACUUUCACAUCAACAAUUGCUGCUGCCUUUACCACCUUCACCGGAUCGGAUGGUAAGCCAACUACCCAAACCGUGUAUAUUGUUGAAACUCCAGCUCUUGCUUCGACUUCUUACACCGGCUGGACUGGUUCUUACACAUCCACUAUCGCCACCGAUGUGACAACCUUCACCGGCUCCGAUGGUGUUCCAACUACCCAAACCGUGUAUGUUGUUGAGACACCAACUAGUGCUUCGACCUCUUAUACUGGAUGGACUGGUUCUUACACAUCGACUGUUGCAACCGAUGUGACAACUUUUACCGGCUCCGACGGUGUUCCAACUACCCAAACCGUGUAUGUUGUUGAGACACCAACUGGUGCUUCGACCUCUUACACCGGCUGGACUGGUUCUUACACAUCCACUAUCGCCACCGAUGUGACAACCUUCACCGGCUCCGAUGGUGUUCCAACUACCCAAACCGUGUAUGUUGUUGAGACACCAACUGGUCUGUUCACUGGAUCUGACGGUAAGCCAACCACCCAGACUGUUUACUACGUUGAGACCCCAAACUCGGUGCUUCGACCUCUUACACCGGCUGGACUGGCUCUUACACAUCAACUAUCGCCACCGAUGUGACAACUUUCACCGGACUCCGACGGUGUGCCAACUACCCAAACCGUGUAUGUUGUUGAGACACCAACUGGUGCUUCGACCUCUUACACCGGAUGGACCGGUUCCUUCACGUCGACCUUUUCGACUGGUGCCGCUACGUUCACUGGAUCUGACGGUAAGCCAACCACCCAGACUGUUUACUACGUUAAGACUCCCAGGAGGGGUUAUUAUGGUAAUUCGACUGCAAGUGAAACCAGGUCUACUACACCACUAAUGCCCGAAAGUGGUCUGUCUUCAACUCCUUCCACUUCCGCUGACCAAGAAAUCACACACUCUGCUGCUGCUGUAACGCCUAACAUCGAAAGCACAUCCAAGGGUCCUCUAACUUCUUCUACUAGAAAAGACUCUGUAUCUCCUAUGCUGUCUUCACCACUACAGAGUUCCACUGACGUAGUUACUGAAAUGAACACUGCCACAAUCUUCACAACUGUUGCUCGACAGGUCACUAAUAAUGCGGGUGCUCCAGGUGCUCCAGGCUCAGGUUCAGGCUCAAGUUCUGGCUCUCCAACUGCUCCAGGCUCUGGUUCUGGCUCGGGUUCUGGUUCUGGCUCUAGUUCUGGCACUCCAGGUGCUCCAGGCUCUGGUUCUGGCUCUAGUUCUGGCUCUCCAACUGCUCCAGGCUCUGGUUCUGGCUCUAGUUCUGGCUCUCCAGGUGCUCCAGGCUCUGGUUCUGGCUCUAGUUCUGGCACUCCAGGUGCUCCAGGCUCAGGUUCAGGCUCUAGUUCUGGCUCUCCAGGUGCUCCAGGCUCUGGUUCUGGUUCAGGCACAUCAAGUGCUCCAGGUUCAGCUUCAAGUAUCGGCUCUGUUUUUUCUGGUUCCGGCUCGAAGACUACGUCCGAGGCACCAAAGACAUCUUUGUCACCAGCGUCUGGCUCAACUUCUGCUCUACACUCUAUCGGUAAUGCUAAUAGACUGGGCUUAGGAAUACUUCUAGCACUUCCUUUAGCGCUGCUU